GAAGUACCUUCUGCAGAGAAGGUCGUGGAGUCAUUUACAGCUUCCUUUGGCAAGGAUGAUGUAGAAGAAGUGUUUGGAGAAGAUUCUGAAUACGACGAAGAUCGAAAGUCCUCGCAGCGUUUCUUUGACAAAACAGGAUUUCAUGAAUUGCCUCAAGUUAUCCUUAAUGGGGUGCCAGUUGAUAACGAGGAGUUUGAUAAUUUAGACGAAGCUGUCAUACGAGAAGUGAUGAUGCAAACAGGACCAAUACAGCAUGCAGUGUUUUCGGGCGCCAUUUAUCGUUAUUCCAAUGUGUAUGAGUACGUCAUGAGUCAACCAAACGUAGUCCCUCGAGUAAACAGCAUGAUCCAGUCAAUGGAGAGACCUUAUAUUGACUUGACCGGCAGCCAUCGGAUGCCAGGUGCAGAUGUGGAAAUAAAUGAUCCUGAAGCAUUUGGUACGCUUGACAGUUCUCAAAUGGCGUCAGUGAUUGUGAAAGAUUUGAAAUACUUUACAAAGCAAGGAGAAGAGCUUACUUUGAAGCCUAUCACUAACUGGGUGAUUGCUGAUCUCGCUAACAAGGAAGGCAGAGCUCUUGUUAAGGCUGCUCUCCAGCAGAUGAAAUCAUCAUCGAGUGCCAGAGUAGGCCUCAUCCACAAUCCAGCAGUAACACAGACAGACCAUCAGCCAGAGGCACUUCACAUUGCUAGGACAGUCGAGGCAGUGUUAGCUUCAAAAAGUCACGUGACACCAGCGAUGCUAACAUUCAUGGAGAAGCUGCUUGACGAGAGCAACGAUUUUGAAAAGCUGUCCUCGGAUUCCAAGGCAAUGGAAGACCUCUUAGCCAAGGCCUCGGGCCUGAAAGCAGAAGCUAUUAAAGCCAAGCUUAUCGAUAGCAAUGCCUUCAAAGGGAAGCUGUUCUCUCACCAAGCUUUCUGUAAACGAGUUGUUAAUCUUCAGCCAGGACAGGCCGCGGUCAUAACCAAUGGAAGGGUUUUUGGUCCACUGUUUGGAAACACCUUGUUUACUGAAGAUGAUUUCAAACUUCUUGAGAACUUUGACAUGGAUUUGUAUGCUCGCAAAGUCCGAGAUCAGAUUGAUGAAAUGUCAUUUGAAGGCUUGUCAGCUGAUGACGAUACAAGCGAAUUUAGAAGUGACGUUAUCAUGAAGGUAUCCUCUGCAUUGAUAAGCCGAGAGAAGAGAUCUCGCCAGGAAAUUGUGUUUAAAGGUAGUGAACACAGUGUCAUGAACAUUAAACCAAACGUUGAUGGUCCCAGUUUUGAUGUUGUGGCUGUACUGGAUCCGCUGUCUCAAGCUGCCCAGAAAAUUGCUCCAAUACUAGCGGUCUUUCAAGAAGUAACAAACGUGAACAUCAAACUGGCAAUGAAAUCUCGUGAGAAGCUCUCUGAGUUGCCUCUGAAUCGCUUCUAUCGAUAUGUCCUGGAGCCUGAAGUCACAUUUGAUGACGCUGGAUCUAUGGCUGAGGGGCCGCUGGCCUUGUUCUCUGACAUGCCGCAAUCCGUGCUUUUUACCAUGAAUAUGGACACACCCCUGGGGUGGAUGGUAGAGGCUGUCUACUCACCGCAUGACUUGGACAACAUCAAACUACAGGAGGUGGAAAAUCAAGUCAUGGGAAAAUUUGAGUUGGAACAUAUCUUUAUCGAAGGCCAUUGCUCGGACUUUCAUACCAGACAGCCACCAAGAGGACUUCAGUUCACUCUUGGUACACCAAGGAAUCCUGGCAUGUUUGAUACAAUCGUUAUGGCGAAUUUGGGAUAUUUCCAGCUCAAAGCUUAUCCAGGUGCUUGGUCACUUAGGGUAAGAGAAGGCAGGUCAUCUGAAAUUUACGAGAUUGAAAGUGUUUCCGGAAGCGUAAAGGAAGGUGACACUCAUUUUACAGUCGUUGUCGACAGCUUUAUUGGAAAACUUAUGAAAGUAAAGGUGAGACUGGGUCUAGCGAGUGUUUUGUGUUAAGCCUCAUUCUUUAGUAGAGUCCUAUUCCACUUGAAGAGAGUUUGAUCUCUUCCUGGUCUGGUACACAUGUUUGAACUGGUGGGAUUUUACUUUGAUCAUUGGUUAUUGCGCAGACGCUCCCUGGGCUCGUCACGCAAUCUUCCAGGAGU